UGACACUGACAAGAAUUCUAUCUAGAAUCCAGCCUAUGCGUGUGUACUGGAGGUUCCGACCUGAGCCUUAACCGGCCUGUUCUGCCUACCUCAUCUUGCUCAAUGAAAUGGACACUGGAUUAGAACUUUUCAAAAUGGUGCGGGAGACAAGUAAUGCCUUUUGCGCAGAUUGUGGUGAUCCAGGUCCCUUGUGGGCGUCGUGGAAUUUGGGUGUUUUUUUGUGUGUGAGGUGCGCAGCCGUACACCGAAAAAUUGGCACCCACGUUUCCAAGGUGAAAUCCUUACAGCUAGACUCCUGGACCCCAGCGCAAGUACAUAUGAGUCUUAGCAAUAACACACAGAGCAGGAAAAUCUAUGAAGCAACCUUACCCGACAGCUUCAUUCGACCCCAAUCAGACGCAGGGCUGGAGGCAUUUAUCCGGGCAAAGUACGAACAGCGAAAGUUCGUUAGGAAAUCUGUGGAAGAUAAGCAGCCGCCAGACCUGCCUAUCACGUGUCCUUCGGUCAACAACGAAACCCAUCAUAAUGGAGACUUAAUUGAUUUGAACAGUCUUUUGAAUGAGCCCACACAUCCAAAUCCAGCAACCACAAGCACGUCGGAAUUCAGCUCUUCCAUAAUGGCGCUAUACAAACAGUCCGUGCCUGGUGAGUCUUUGUUUUAGUAAACCCGCUUCCAGUGCCUCCCCCUGCACAGGUUUCUCCGCAUUCAGGAUUUUGUCAAUCUCAGUAUUUCAAUCAGAUCACUCAAAAGCUGGCCGAGAUCAAGGCGCAGCAACGGUCGUCUAGUCACAAAUCUUCCGCACCACCACGGAUGUAAACCGCUUGUCUUUCAUCUUUAUGUGAUACGAAAUUCAUCUGGACGCACUCGACUCCUCACUUUUUGCAGUUUUUUUGGAAUCUGUGCUGUUCACCUUAGUUGUUCUAUGACACAUUGUUUGAAUACACUGUUCGACUAUUCCUCACUGUUUGAGAUAAGCUGUUUUCUGCUAUCCUUUUGUGGUUCCAGAACUGUCUCCGAACCUAAACUUUUCUGUUGAUA